AUGGCUAAAGCUGCAAAGAAGAAAUAUUCAGGUGCUCCCACCACUACUAAACAAGUAGCUGCUGAAAAGCAUUUAAGUUCAGUAUUCAAAUUCAAUACUGAUCUUGGUCAACAUAUCUUAAAGAAUCCAUUAGUUGCCCAGGGGAUUGUUGACAAAGCGCAAAUAAAACCAUCUGAUAUCGUCUUAGAAGUUGGUCCAGGUACAGGUAACUUAACAGUGAGAAUCCUAGAACAAGCGAGAAACGUCAUUGCUGUGGAAAUGGAUCCAAGAAUGGCUGCUGAGUUGACUAAGCGUGUUCAUGGUACACCAGGAGAAAAAAAAUUAGAAAUUAUGUUGGGAGAUUUUAUGAAAACUGAAUUACCUUAUUUCGAUAUUUGUAUAUCAAAUACUCCAUAUCAAAUUUCAUCUCCACUGGUAUUUAAAUUGAUCAAUCAACCAAGACCCCCAAGAGUCUCUAUACUGAUGUUCCAAAGAGAAUUUGCAAUGAGACUGUUGGCAAGACCUGGUGAUUCUUUAUAUUGUAGAUUGUCUGCAAAUGUACAAAUGUGGGCAAAUGUGACGCAUAUUAUGAAAGUUGGUAGAAAUAAUUUCCGACCACCACCACAAGUGGAAUCUAGUGUAGUAAGGAUUGAAAUUAAGAAUCCAAGACCUCAAGUGGAUUUUAAUGAAUGGGACGGUUUAUUGAGAAUUGUGUUCGUGAGGAAAAAUAGAAUGAUAUCGGCAGGUUUCAAAUCUUCUACGGUAUUGGAAAUAUUAGAAAAAAAUUAUAAAACUUAUCUAGCAAUGAAUAAUGAAAUGGUUGAUGAUACUAAGGGUUCUAUGACGGCCAUUGUCAAGGAAAAAAUCGAAACUGUCCUUAGGGAAACAGGAUUGGCUGAUAAGAGAGCAGGAAAAUGUGAUCAAAAUGAUUUCUUGAAAUUGUUAUAUGCUUUCCAUCAAGUGGGUAUUCAUUUCUCAUGA